AUGGCGCGCGUUCGAUCGCUCCGCGGCGCGGCGUCCCUCGCGAGACACUUCGUGGACGCCCUUCCGCCCGCCAACGCGUCGAGAACGAGCCUCGUCGCGAGCGCGUCGACGAUCGAGCGCGCGAUCGCGAGCGGCGGCUCGAGCUCGAGGUCCAAUUUCUCGAGCGCGGCGACGCUCGGUUUCGGACGAUCUGCGGGAACGCGCGGAGUCGGUGACGACAGAACGUCAGUGCGUCACAGUUUGAAGCCGACGCGAACGUUUGCGUCGUCCUCGGAGGGCGGUGAGAACGGCGAGGGCGAGACGGCGACGAGCGAGAGCGAAGUCGCGAGCGGGACGGAAAAGUCGACGGAGGAGGAGGAUAUCGGGUGGACGUUCGGAGUGAAGAAUCAGCGACGGCCGACGCGAAGGGAUAAGGGGUCGUACGAUGCGUUUUUGACGGAGAUUGAUUCGUACCCGACGCGGCACGAUGUGCGGGACGUGUACAACGCGCGGGAGUGGGUCGAGGCGAGUCUGGAGGAGAGCUGCGCCCAAGUGGAGGUGCUCGUAGAUAAGAUGCUCGCGGGGAUGAAGGAGAUGGAGGCGCUCGAGGAGAAGUACGCGGACAUCUUUCCGGAACAAGGGAACACGGACGACGGCAGCGAGCAGGACGCGGUGUUAACAUGGAAGAGCGAGUUUGUCAUGGAACCUGGAGAUGUGCAGGAGCACCCACUCAACUGGAAGGUGUCAGUCGAAGUCAAGCUCAGCGAGUUGCAGCGCGUCACGGGUCUGAGCGAUGAAGCGAUCGAGUACAUUAAACUCUUGGUGGAUAAGAGAUACAACGCCAAGCAGGACACGCUUAGAAUUGUGUGCCGUCGGAACAACAAUCGCGAGCACAACAGGCAGUGGUGCUUGAAGGUGUUGUACGACUUAAUUCAAGAGGGCAAUAGGGAGUAUCCAAGCGAUUCUUAUUCAUUCACGCCAGAUUUAGGCAGCAGCAGUGCGACCACUAGUAACGCGUAA